AUUGCAGAACCAGACAGAGCGAGGUACCUGUCACCAGCUGUAGAAUCGGACUCACAGACUGUGAUGCUGUGUCCCUUCCUGCCUGCAGGAUGGGGGCCACGAGGUUGGCACUGGCCUUGCUGUCCCUGGCCUACCUGCUGUGCACAGCCGCCACCCUGAGAAUCUGUGCUUUCAACAUCAAGAACUUUGGAGAAAGCAAGCUGUCCGACAAGACGACCACGGGCAUCAUCAUGAAAGUGAGUGCUCCAGGCUGCCUGGGGUUGCGGCUUGGCAGGGGUAAGGUGGCCAGGGGGGCCAAAAGGGGCAGGAACAUUAAAGCGCCGCAAGGUCCUUUGCCGCGGCAGCGCUUUAACGUUGCUGCCUCUUCCCCGUCGGCGGCCCGGCCGGUCUGGACCCUACAAGCCGGGCCCCCGAUGGGGGAGGCAAAAGGGGCAGGCACGUUAAACCGCUGCCGCGGCAGCGCUUUGAUGUGGGCUGGGUCAUCCCCCAACUCGAAGGUGCAGGAGUUUGUGCUGGUGCCCCUCCAUACGCCCCCCAGCGAGGCUGUGGCAGAGAUUGACGUCCUUUACGAUGUCUACUUAGAUGUCAUCGACAAGUGGGGGACUGACGUAAGCAGAAAAUAUCUCAUAUUCCUGGGAGACUUCAACGCCGACUCCUCCAACGUCAAGGAAGGGGACUGGGGGUCCAUCCGCCUGCGCACCAGCGAGGUGUUCGAGUGGCUCAUCCUUGACAGUGCAGACACCACCGUUGGGAAGUCAGACUGCGCCUACAAGCGUCUUGUGUUGUCAUGUUCCGGGAUUGUGGUGUGCGGCCCCAAGCUGAAGAAAAGCAUCAAGCCCAAGUCUGCUGAUGUCUAUGAUUUCCAACACGCCUUCAAACUGGAGGAAGCCGAGGCCCUGGCUGUCAGCGACCAUUUCCCCGUGGAGGUGACACUGAAGGCUCACUGAAGCUCCAGGCUGCCUUCACCAGCACCUGCUCAGAAUCCUCUCCCUCUGCCCAGCCCCACCAACUGUAAAUAUCAUCCCGAAAGGACCCUCAGCACCAGCACUGGCCAUCCCUGCAGGACAACAGCAUUGGCUGAACCAGCCCUCCUCGUACAGCCAGGGUUUAAGUCAAUGCCACGUUAGCGAAAGAUGCUGGUGUGGCAGCCCUGAUUCCUGAGGUCCUUAGCCACAGGACAGCCAGUACAAGCAGCUGGCAGGCCCGUCUGCCACCCAUCACAGCCUGGCUCUGCAGCAGCCCAAUUGUAAGCAGGGUUCAAUCUACCAGGCCCAUUCAGCCCUUGGCAGCACCCUCCAUCUAUCAGAGCACAAUGACCUUCAGCUACUAUGAACCUGAGCUGGAUUCCAAAUGCAGUCUGAUUUCCAAGCAAUACUUGCCUGGAAGGAUGCACUUGGUCCCAGGGUUUCCUUAUCCAAAAUUACUGUAUGUGUAAACACUGUAACUUGUGGCCUCAGGUGAAGGGAAACGACCCCUUUGCCUGUAGCCACCUGGCUGUUACAGUCACACUC